GGUCGCGCUCCGGCGUCGGACUCGGAGUUCAAGCGACCCAAAACAGACGCUCACACGACCCAACUUGCACCCAUUCAAAAUUGCCAACGGACGCGCACGCAACAGUUGUUUACUAUGUUUUUAACACCUGCAACCCCACAAGUGGGUACAGGUGGAAGCAGCGGCAGUAAUGUGAGGGUUUAUGUACGGACAAGACCCCUCUUGUCCCAAGAACUGGAAAAUGAAGCUGAAAAUAUCCUUUCUGUUCUUCCAUCAGAUAAACAAGUCAUUGUCAAAUCUUCCUGUGAUAAAGUGUUCAAGUUUGAAGAUGUAUUUGAUGAAGACUGUUCACAACAUGAGGUGUACUAUAAGACUGUUGCUCCACUAAUUGCCAAAGUGCAAGAGGGUUAUAAUGCCACUGUCUUUGCCUAUGGACAGACAGGGUCAGGGAAGACAUUUACAAUAGGAACAGACCCCUGCACUGCCAAGGAAGAUGAGGGUCUUCUCCAGAGAGCAAUGAACGCCAUAUUAGGAGAUGAUAGAGAGCAAGAUGAAAAUGAAGCUCCUGAUGCCUCAAAACCUGGAUAUCUUUCAGUUUCCUUUAUGGAAGUUUACAACGAAACAGUCUUUGAUCUCUUAGCCCCAACUAGGGUACCAUUGGAGGUCAAAGCUGGGAAGGGUGGAGGCGUGUCAGCUAUAGGAAUGGUAGAGGAACAGGUGCACAGUGUGGAAGAGGGGCUGCUGCUCCUAGAAAAAGGGAGUCGUCUGCGCAGUGUUGGGUCAACAGCAAUGAAUCAACACUCAUCUCGUUCCCAUGCCCUCAUUUAUUUAAAUGUCAAAUGUGGAAGUCAUAAAGGCUGCUUGAAGCUUGUUGACUUGGCAGGAGCUGAAGGAGUCGGCCGAGCUCAAACCUCAGGUCAGUCAUUUAUGGAGGGUGUGGCCAUCAACAAAGGGCUUCUGACACUGGGCAAAGUCCUAGCAGCAUUGAGUAACUCCACGACUGGAUAUGUACCAUACAGAGAAUCAAUUUUGACAAGACUCCUCAAAGACUCUUUGGGAGGUACCAGUCACACUACCAUGAUUGCCUGUGUAAAUCCAGCAAGCAUUAACAUGUAUGAGACUAUCAACACACUCACAUAUGCUGAGCAAGCAAGAAACAUACGUACCAGGCCUCAGGUGCUCUCCACUGUAAAGAGAUUUGGUGUAAAACGUCGUUGUGAGGAUGUAACUGCCACGCCAGGAGCCUGGAAGAGACGAGUAAUGGCAUCAGGGAAGAAGAAAGAUCACAAUACGACAGUCUCAACUCCAGGCCACAAAGUUCCAAAAAGAAAAGUUGUUACUUCCCUAAACAACACAUUUGCCACACCAAGCAACAACACAAGAGAUAUCUUCAGCAGCUCUCUCCUGGAAGCUAGCAUGCCCCCACCACCUCCAGGGUUCCCUUCCAUUAAACAGCCAAUCUUUGAGGAUGUCUCACCCUCGGGUCUUAGUGUCAUACAUCCCUUAAGAACAUCAGAUGAAGGAAAGGGAACCUCUGCCCCUUCAUUCAGUCCAAUGCUUGAGCGAGUGACCAACCGAUUAGAGCAGUCUGUAAUGACCCAACUGGAGAGUAUUGAGGAUCGUGUGGCUGACAGAAUUAUUGAGCGUCUCACCAAGAAGAAUAGGAGCAAACGAAAAUCAAGAGUAAGAAGAAGGACAAAGAAGCACCAGAGUUCCACACCCACAGGCUUGGAUAGUGAGAAAUCGUUAAGUGAAAGUGAUUCUUCAGGCAGCAAUAAUCUUGGUGCGUCCAUCAUCGGUGCCAUUUUUAACAGAGAUGACAUGAAAUCAAUGCUGCAAGGAAUAGUCACAGAUGCUUUACAGAGCACACAGAAGGACAAGAUGCUAAGGAGAAGUAAAAGGUUUAGCACUGCACCCACAACUUAUAAAGAAAAUGUGCUUCCAUGCGGUGAUCCUCGGAUACCUCUGGGAGAUGUCACGAAUGUUUACCAGCUAAGUGACACUGUGUGUUUGAAGAAAGAGACUGACUUGUCAGUUAUGUCUCAAAAGCCUGUUCCACAAAAGCAAGAUCCAUCUGACAUGGAUAUUGACUAUGAUCUUGUGAAAAACCUACCAAUAACCAGCACAGCUUUUGUUGAUGCUCGGGCUGUAAGGAGAUCCACUCGCCUCUCAACAAGACAGAGCAUCCACAAGUCUCUGUUCCCUAAGAUAGACAGUGAUACUUCAUCAUCUUUCUUUAAACUAAGUGACAGGUCUGACUUUGAUCUCUCUCAUGAUACUACUGCUUUUUUCAAUGAUGGUAGCUCUCCGACCCUGAAGUCACGUAAAGUAGAUCUGAAAGCAAGUGAUGAAGCAGAUAAAAAAGAAAAUAUGACCUUAAUAAGUGUUGGAUCCAAAACCUUCUUGAAGGAAGAGUCUCAAUUGAAAAGAGAUGGACAGAAGCUGGAUAUCACUCUCUCUUCUCCCUUACAAAUUGACAAAAUUCUCAAGAAGGAUACAAACUAUGGAGUUCGGAGGUCCUCAAGAUUUGCUGCCAUAAAGGCCACUCAGCGUAAUUUUGAGAUCUAUAAGGGACAGAGUCCUCUUAGCAAUAUGUGCAAAAGCAGGCGCUCCUCUGUUUCCUCUAGGAAAAAGAAAGCAGUGUCAUCAGCAAAUGUCACCGUAUGUGCAGCACCUACAGAAACCUCUCUCUUGAAUGAAACAGAUGGAAAGUGGCAGUUAGUGGUAAGCCCUCGUCUCCAGAAGCAACACAAUGACAAGAUCCUCCACAUCUUAAAUAAUGGCUCUUUGAAGACUCUCCAGCAGCUACCCACAGUAGGACCCAAGACUGCCAUGGUUAUACACAACUUCAGGCAAUUCUAUGGAGAAUUUAAGUCUGUUGAAGAUCUGAAAGAUGUACCAGCUCUGCCUAAGACCUACUACACAAGGUUCAUGAAGGCAAACUUAAUGAAUCAACUUUGUUUUUAGUUCAAAGUUUCUCCCAACAAAAAGUACCUGGACCACUUUUUUGGUAUCAAGUGUUAUUAUAGAUACCAUUAUGAAUACAAGUUUCUGUACAAGAUUAAUUAAUAUUAAGAAUUUUAUGAAUUUUGUAAAAAACAUUGUGUUCUCUUCACAGAAGAAACAUUGAUGAUAUUAUAAAAGCGAUUACCAGUUAGACUGUAUAUUUGAUUUGAUUUUGUUUAAAAAAUUAUUUGAUUCUACAUUAUAGCUUUAGGAAUAUAGCUUAUAAGAUUUUUUUGUCUGUUUAGAUCUCAACUUUUUUUUUAUAUGUAUAUGCAGGUAUAUGCACUUGUCUUAAUGUAACAAGGUUUUACAUUUUUCCUCAUUAUUAGUAUUAUGUUGUACUUCUUCUAUUACACUUUACCCUUUUUAUGUGAAAAUUUCUUUAUUUGCUUAAGGAAAAUUUAUCCAAAUAUAUGGCCAGAAAUUAGGUAAAUUAUAUUUGAUCAUGACUAUCAACUGAUUCAUACUUUUCUCUUUCUUUGGGGCAUCAUUCAGUAAAAACAAAUUUUGAUUCAUGCUGAAGUUAGGAGUAAUUCUGCCCCACUACCUAUAUCCUGAGUAGUUUUAAGCCACUGUAAUAGAUUUUCUAAGACUAUGAUACAUAUCAAAUAUUUCAGAAAGUGGUAUCUGACACCCAAGAGAAAACAAAAUGUUCCUAACUUCUCAGUGUAUCAUUCCUGCAAGAAGAUAUGCCCUUUUCUUUUUAAAAAGUGUGCUGCAGAUAUAUAAUACUUUCUGUUUAACAAUGGACGUAUUUUAUAUGUUUGUAUAUUUUUAAUUAUUAAAUAUAGCUUUCUUUUGUGUA